AACCGGGAGGCGGGAAGGGAACUUAUACUGCCACCGGUCAUUCCGGUUUCCGGUGAAUGCCUCAGUACUCCGAAUCCGAAAACUCCAAUAACCCGGAAUUCGCCGGGUUGAAGUCCUCCGAUCACUCCCUCCACCAACUCUGAACAUCGCCGCCGGAGGCACAGCUCUAAAUCACGUGGAACUGUAUAGCGAAACUCCGAGCUCAGCGAAGAUGUCGCAGCUGGGAAAUCCGGCCAAUAGCAGCAGCAGCAGCAGUAGCAUUCCAGUGAGUGAAGCGUACUGGUCUCUUGUUGACAAAGCUGACCGGAAGUUUUCCAAGAUCAGGGACCUGCCUUAUUACGAACGCAAUAGGUACGAAGCGUAUUUUCAUAAGGCGUUCAAAUUGUACUCACAGUUAUGGAAACUUCAGCAAGAGAAUCGUCAGAAGUUGGUUGAGGCAGGGCUAAAGAGAUGGGAGAUUGGUGAGAUUGCUUCACGAAUUGCUCAGCUUUACUUUGGGCAAUACAUGAGGACCAGUGAAGCGAAUUAUUUAUCCGAGUCUUACGUAUUUUAUGAAGCAAUAUUUACUCGGGAGUACUUCAAGGAGGGAUUGCUUCAAGAUGCCAGUCUUGCGAACAGGCAGCUGAGAUUUCUGUCCAGAUUUCUGAUGGUGUGCCUGCUUUUGAACCGAAGAGAAAUGGUCCAUCAGUUAGCCAAUCAGCUUAAAAUGUUACUUGAUGAUUGUAAGAGAACAUUCCAGGAGAAGGAUGUUAGAGAAUCGAAGCUGGUAGUUCAGGAAAUAAUGAAAUUUCUGAAAGCAGAUACAGCCUUUAUGAAUAUCAGGCCUUUCAGAUAUAGUGUUGUGUUAGAGCCUCAUCCAGAUUCUCUAACACCUGUUCCUCCAUCACGAACAAAGAGAUACUUGAGGUUACAGGAUGCUAUUCUGAGUAGCUACCACCCAAACGAGGUCAAGUUUUCUGAGCUUACGCUAGACACGUUCAGGAUGAUCCAGUGCCUGGAAUGGGAACCUAGUGGUUCGUUCUAUCGGCCAAAUAAUAGAAGUGGGCAGAAUGGAGGAUCUGGGCCAAGUCGCAGUAACUUCUCACAGCAUAUAGUUGAUCCUACUCUCCCAUCUAAUCCUCGGAAGUCAAUUUUAUACCGCCCUUCAGUGACACAUUUUUUAGCAGUUCUAGCUACAAUUUGUGAGGAGAUGCCAAAUGAUGGGGUUCUCUUGAUAUAUUUGUCAGCUUCAGGCAUUGCAAAGAAUAUUUUAUCUUCCCCAGCUGGCAGUGAGUCUAUCAACGAUGCGGAGGAUAUUGAUAAAACCAAGUAUCCUUGUGGUCAAGUUGGAGGAGGCGUCAAAGGUCGCUCGACUGGUUGCUUAUCAUUUGGUGCUCGUGGCAAAGGAGGAUUAAGCUGCAUAUAUCCAAGCGACAUACUUCCAUUUACAAGAAGGCCAUUUCUUUUAGUUAUUGAUAGCGACGUCAGUGAAGAAUUUGAGACUAUCCAUGGAUCAGAAAAGGGAGAGCCAGCUGCAAUGCUGUUUUCUCCCAGCGCUACAAGUCAUACUGUUGCUACCGAUUAUCGUCAUGGAAGCCUUUUCACCUUUUUUCUCACAGCCCCAUUGCAUGCUUUCUGUCUAUUGCUUGGUAUCUCAGGCUCUGAUGUUGAAAUGGAUACAUUUAAUAAAGCCGAGAACGUGCUAUCCUCGUCCUUAAGUGAGUGGGGGCAGCUUUUAGUGACAUCAGAGAACCUCAAUCAAGUUUGGGCUCAAAUUUUGAAUGAUCCGUUCAUAAGGCGACUUCUUUUGAGAUUUAUAUUCUGUCGUACCGUGCUAGCACUUUACGCGCCAACCAUCGGUAAGAACGAAUAUGUUCCAAGGUGCGUGCCAUCUCUGCCCUCCGUCGUCGAUCCAACAACCGCAACAUUGCAAUCUGCAGUCAUGCAGAUAGCAAAUAUCUUCGGUGUAAGCCACAGUUUCGUCUUCUCAGAAAACCUGGAAUUUCCAGAAAACAAGCAAUGAAAUGUGUACUCAAAAUUAGUGGGAAAAAUAGGACCCAAAUGAACAAUUUCAAUCAUUGGUGGCGAUGUAGCUAGAAUGUUAAAGAAACCUUACCAGGUACCAAUUAUUUGUAGCUAAAUUCAAAAGUUCUGUUGGUUGUCUGCUAUAUUUUGAAAAUAGUGUUAUGACCGAUUUGGAGUGAGUUUUUAAGUGCUUAAAAUAUUUAGCUAAAAUAGUAUUACGAUCGGUUUGGAGUGAGUUUUUAAGUGCUUAAAAUAUUUAGCUAACACUUUUUAAAGCACUUAAAAAGUCAUUUCAAAUCGACUCUUAAUCUUAUUUCUUUCUUGAUUUCUACUAAAA